UGACUUUGCCUUGAGAGUGAAGAUCACAAAAAGAGAGAAAGAGAGAAAGCUCAGUUUCAUUGCCUGAUAAGAGAAAAGUUCCAGAGUUUUUCAUUCAGCUUUUCUUUUUUCUGUCAGAAUUUGAGUUUGAGUAUGGGUGUCUCACUGUCUGCUGUGACUUUUGGGCUGUUGCUCUUUCUGUCUGUAGGGCUGAAUAAACAGGCUGCAGAGGGCUGUACUUGUAAACCAGAACACCCUCAACAGCUGUUCUGCCGUUCUGAGAUAGUAAUUCAGGCUGAGAUAACCGAAAAACAAGAAAUAACACAGAACAAUAUUUUCCCAGACUGGGGAUUAAUUCGAUACAAAUUCAAAACUAUCCAGGUGUUCAAGGGUUUUGAAAAAAUAAAUGGAACUAAGUAUGUCUACACGCCUAAAGAAAUAGGAAUAUGUGGCGUCAGUCUGGACUAUAAGCAAUAUUUGCUGUCAGGACAUGUUAUGAAUGGAGGGCUUGUUGUAACACUGUGUGACUUCGUUUACCAUUGGGACAGACUAUCCUUAACUCAAAAAUAUAACCUCAAAGCCAGAUAUCAGAUGGGCUGUAAAUGCAAGGUCUCUGUCUGUUAUGAAAAGCCCUGUUGCCUCAGGUCUCAAAAGGAGUGUCUCUGGACAGACUGGGAACUCUACGUCUUCAUUCAGAAUGGAGAACAGGCUCGUGAGUUCACUUGUAUCAUGAACAAUGAAGAAACCUGUAGCUGGUAUAAGGGAAGUUCAAAGGUUGACACUGUGAAAAUGUGUAAGUCCUAGGGACCAAGAGCAUGAGUCGUUUCCCAUUGUAAAAAGGUGGAAACGUUUGUUGAAGCUUUCAUAUGCUUUUUUCCCCACCCGAAAGGUCAGAAUGCUUUUAUGGUUCUUUUAUGGUUCUAUGGUAUUAACUAAAUAAUUAAUUUUUAAACAAAGUUAACAAUUCUGUUUCGCAGCGCAGUUGUUUUAGAGGGUUGAAACACCCCAUUUCUAAAACAAAAUAAAUGUCAAAGCAUGUUAAUAA